AUGACACAUUCCGGAUAUCGCACAAAAUAUACUGAUUUAGACAAGUCAUUCAGCAGAAGGAGGAAAAGAAUUUCGUCCUCAGAGAUUAUUGAGGAUCAUUUACACUUAUCUAGCGAGGCCAAAGUAUUUUUCAUAUUGGAACUGGGACACGACAGCCUUGGAAUGAAUUGCUCAAACAUUGGCGACUACUUAGAUGUUGCAUCUGCUUAUGACCGGUGGAAGGAUGGCAAGACUUUGAUGAUGCCAGAAUGCAGGAUCGAGAACAGCCGGUCAUUCGACAUGGGUUUCGACCGGUUCCCAAGCCAACCGGUGUCAGACUCAUUGGAUAUGGGGUUCCCUCUGUCCAAUACUAACUGGUCUUCAAUUGCCACACCUAUAUCCGAGUUGGACAUGGGAUUUCCACCUGGCCAUGCAUUCAAUACCGAUGAUUUCGCGGAGCCAGCGACUGGCUCUCUGAACUUCCUGGCACACAAUCAACUGGCCGGUGGCUCAGUCAAUGAUGUUUCAGUGAAAGACAGCCCUUUGGACAUGGGUUUCAAUUCACCUGCAGUUCAACACAGUCAUCCGGAUUUGGACAUGGGCUUUCAUUCACCUCCGGUUCAACAGGGUUUCAAUUCACCUCCGGUUCAACAUGGUCAUCCAGAUUUGGGCAUGAGCUUUCGUUCACCGGUUCAACAUCAUGAUCCGGACCAGAGGUCUUUAGACAUGGGCUUUCAUUCACCUCAGGCUCAAUAUCAUGAUCCAGACCAGAUGUCAUUAGACAUGGGCUUUUAUUCACCUCCGGUUCAACAUCGUGAUCCGGACCAGAUGUCAUCUGACAUGGGUUUUAAUUCGCCUGUGGUUCAACAUGAUUAUCUGGACCAGAGGCCUUCCGGCGUUGAUCUGGUUGAUAUUCCAGAUCAGUCAAAGACACCUUUGGACAUGGGUUUUGGGACAGAUCCAGCACAUGAUCUUGCCCAUCAUUUGAAUAUUCAACCGGAAGAGACCCCUUUGGAGAUGGCUAGUGAACCGGAACCUAUCGGAUUUGUGAUUCAGCGUGCUGUAGGUGACUUGCGCUUGGCAAUGCACUGGUUGGAGAUGGAAAGGGCUCAUGGUACAAUGUCGCCGGAAGAAGCACUUGUCAGCGAGGAAGUUCUUCAGUCCACUAAUUGGUGCUCCGGGGGCGGUGAUUGGACUUCAGCAUCGCCUUCUUCAUCCCCAUUCUCUUCCUCACCACUUGACUCUGGUUCCACCCUUCCGACUGGUGUAGAGACUCAUGCCUCUCAUGGUGCGAUAUGGCACCUUUCACUAGGAAGUUCACAGCAUGAACUUGUAGUAUCACUCUGUGUGCUACCCACAGCUAUCCCUAUAUGA